CACGCUUGAGUCUGAGAAAUCACUUGCAAAGAGUUUUCUCUCCAUUUUCUCAGUUCCCAAACUCUACAAGGAAAAAGCGAAUCAAUGGCGGAUCAGCUCACCGACGAUCAGAUCUCCGAGUUCAAGGAAGCUUUCAGCCUCUUCGACAAGGACGGCGAUGGAUGCAUCACGACCAAGGAGCUCGGGACAGUGAUGAGAUCUCUCGGGCAGAACCCGACGGAAGCCGAGCUACAGGACAUGAUUAACGAGGUGGAUGCUGACGGGAACGGAACCAUAGAUUUCCCCGAGUUUCUGAACCUGAUGGCGCGGAAGAUGAAGGACACGGAUUCGGAGGAAGAGCUAAAGGAGGCAUUCAGGGUGUUCGACAAGGACCAGAACGGAUUCAUAUCGGCGGCCGAGCUGAGGCACGUGAUGACGAAUCUGGGGGAGAAGCUGACGGAUGAGGAAGUCGAUGAGAUGAUAAGAGAGGCGGAUGUGGAUGGAGAUGGGCAGAUCAACUACGAGGAGUUUGUCAAAGUCAUGAUGGCCAAGUGAGAAUCUUUCCCCCCUCUCUUUGAUCCAAACAAACUCAGAUUAUCCCGAUUUCCACUUCUCCUUUCUAAUUAUGGAAAAAAAAACAAUGAAACGGGGAAGAGCAAAAAAGAAAAACCAGACAGGCUUGAUGAUGAUAUUUCUAUUUUAAUCCAUUUGGUUUUUUUUUUUUUGUGUUUUGUGUUUUGUGUUUUGUUUUAUGUGAACAAUUCCCGUAUGAUCCUCUUUGACAUCUCUCUCUCUCCCUUA